AGGGUUUCAGACUUCUCUUGUUUGCUUCUUUGAAGCCAAAGGUCUAUUCAGGAUGCUGGGAGGAAUUCUACUGACCAGUGCCAUUCUGUGGGCAUCGGUGCUGCCUGGUGAGAGCGUGACCGGCGGGAAGGAGGCUGUGGCCCACUCGCGACCCUACAUGGCGUCCGUGCAGCUGAACGGAACGCACGAGUGCGGCGCGUUCCUCAUCGCGAGUCAAUGGCUCCUGAGCGCGACUCACUGCUUCAGGGAUGGAGCUGGGGGACGGACGGUUGUUGUCGGCCUGCACUCUCUGUCUGAGGAGGAGGCAACUAAAGAAACAUUUCAAAUUUCAGCUGUGUACAACCAUCCUGAUUUUAACAUUCACAAUUAUGACAGUGACAUCACUCUGAUCAAGCUUGAUCGGCCAGUGGUGGAGAGUGACACGGUGAAGCCGCUGUCCUAUAAGCAGACAGGAGUCGAGCCUGCGGAGGAUACCACUGUCGAUACGGCUGGGUGGGGCUCGUUGAAUAACCUGGGCUCUCGGCCUGACAAACUGCAUGAGUUGACCAUUAGAGUGAAGAGCAAGUGUGACCGCAGUGACUACUAUGGGUCAAAGUUCACCAAGAACAUGCUCUGCGCUGCUGGGAUGCGUCAAGACACUUGUGAUGGAGACUCUGGCGGUCCUCUGCUGUAUAACGGUGUUGCUGUGGGGAUCACGUCCAACGGGGGGAAGAAGUGUGGCACCAGCCGGAAGCCUGGCCUCUACACCAUCAUCUCCCACUUCGCUGAAUGGAUCCAGCAGACCAUGACCGAUAAUGCCUAGCAGCCUGUUAGGCAAUUAGCCAACGCACCACCACAGCCACCUGCCACGAAGCUUAAUGUGUAACAGGACCAAUCUCUGUAGAAUUAGGAAAGGGCCACAAAGAAUCAACUAGAAACAUUCUGAACAAUAGUCACAGGCUACUGCCCACCUCUGUGACUAGCUUCAAGAACAUUAAGUGUGUCCUAGAAUUAUUAAUUGUCAAUUUUAACAUAAUGAGAACAUGUGUACUGUGUUGUAUACUGGUUUUCCAAAUGUGAGGUAGAUACCAACCUAAUCCAUUGCCAUGGUUUACAGUGGCCUUCAUUUAUAGAAUCAGUUCCAAAGACAGAAUCACUUGCAAUCAGACAGUUGUAAAGUGUAGACAAUUAUUUUACUUGGAGAGUGAUCUUAAUAGUCAAGAACAACAGUUUAACCUUUGUCUUUAAAUAGGACGCUUUGUACAAUGAUAGUUUCAUCCCAGAAUCAUUCUCAACCUUAAUGGCAAACAAAAUCGAUGUUGGACUCUUUCAAAGUAAAGGCCCUUAAAGCAUAUUAUGGACUAGACUGUAAAAACUGAGAUCCUCUAAGUUACCAUGGAAACAGAACCCCCUUCAUGAUCUUUUCACAACUUCUGAGUAUCAAAGGCUGCACCACAAGCUCAAACAUUUGUGCACACAGAGAGUAGCCACGAUAUUUAUCUCAAUGCUUUGCCAAAGAAGAAAUACAGAGAUUGCAGCAUGAAAAUCUCAAGCACAUUUCUGAAUCUAUGAGACACACUAUUAAAAAGACUCAGUCACAUACACUGUUGGCUAUUACAUGUUACAAUAUGCACAAUUCUAUCUUCAUAAUAAAAGCCCUUUGAAAGUAA